GCCUGCCCGGAGCCCCCAGCCGUGCCCCGCUCGCGUGGAGUGCGGGGCAGGGGUGUCCUUAGCACCGUGCCUGCUCUGCCCCUCGGGAGGCGGGGUGAAUCAGCGGCCUGUUUUGUUCACCGUUGCUCAGGCGGGGUCUUGUGGGUGGCCUGUCCCUCCUAUCUGGCAGGGAGACCUGGGGGCCGCUGGGGUGCGUGGAUCCAGUGACUGCGCUGCAACAGGGUGCAGGCUGUCCUGUCACACAUAAGGUUAUUAAAAAAACCCAUGCCCUAAUACCGUCUUUUUAGCCUGAAGACCGGUGCUCGGUCCACAGGUAGCUAAAGCAUUAGCCAAAGGCAGGUAAAAAAAAAACAAACCCAAGCCCAUUAUCAGGAGGCUUACAUUUGCCAUAUAAAAAUGUGCAUCUCCAAAAGUUAGUUUUAGGAUGCAGAAAAUCGGCAAGACUGAAAAUUGGUAAGAUUGAAAAUCGGUGUGCUUAAAGCUGGGAAUGUUAGGUAACACCAAAGGCAGUUGUUUAAUAUAUACACAAACAAAAAAGCAUGCUGUGAGAAGGCAAGCUGAGUGUGAACUCGUAUUCAGUGAAUGUAGUUAUUCUAGGGUUUUUUAUAAAAAUGACAUAUAUUUUUCAUUCUGUUUUUAGGAAGUAUUCAACAUUAAUUAAAAUGUCCUCUACCAAACCUCCAAAUGAAAAAGAAACACCCAAAGCGGGAAAGCCAGGACUGAGGAUUUUUUUUGGUCAGAACAAACCCGUGAUGGCAUUUGGACUCGUAGCAGUUACCCUCUGUGUGGCCUACCUUGGUUAUUUGCAUGCAACAGUAGAGAAUAAAAAGGACCUUUAUGAAGCAAUCGACAGUGAGGGAUCCAGGUACAUGAGGAGGAAAACUUCCAAGUGGGACUGACAACAUGAGGAAGGAAAUCGGCAAAUCAGUCGCAGAACUUUUCAAGGCAACUACUGUUUUUUCUCUGUCCGUUGAAAUAAUGGAUAAAUGUCUCUCUUGCUGUUUAAUCCAAUUUAAGUUCCUUUAUAAAAUGUCAUGCCUAUACAAAUAAACUGCAGCUAAGAUAUAUGCGAACAUAAAAGUGAAUUUAAGAAUUGUCUGCGAUCUCCACAGUAUGUCAGAAGACGUGCAGUUAACUCGGAUGUGCAGUCAAGACUGGUAAAUGCCUUAGAAUUUACAUGAUAGUUCAGCUCUCUUUUCUUUGAUGAAGUGAAAAGAGGGGUUUGUCUUUUGUUUUUUAAACAGAAGGCACAUUCUGUGUGAAAAGAACUCAUCUCUUGAUCUGUUGAAAGUUGAUAAUUAA